AUGUUUCGCUUCUUCUUCAUCUCUCUCACGUUUCUCUGCCUCCUCCCUCUCACCCUCCCCCACCCCUGCAUCGGCAUCACCUACUCCGCCCCCAGCGCAUCCACUAACCACCCCUCCCAGGCGGCGGAGCGCAUCUCCACUGCCCUCCGGCAGAUGAACGCGAGAUCCCUCCGGCUGGAAGACGCUGACCCCUCCAUCACCCGGAGCCUCCUAUACACGAACACCACGCUCUUCCUCACCAUCCCCAACUACAUGGUCUCGCAAAUGGCCCAAAACCUCUCGGUAGCACAGUCCUGGCUGUACACCCACGUUGUCCCAUUCUAUCCACGUGUCAAAAUCACGACCAUCUCAGUAGGCAACGCCUUCCCGGACGUGCACCCGGAAUCCCUGAACGACCUCCUCCCCGCAAUCUCUAACGUCCAUGUGUCCCUCCGCGACCUCGGCAUCCGCAAGAUCAAGGUGUCCACGUCAUUCUCCUUCGUCACCGCCCUGUCAUCCCCGUUCCCUCCCUCAAACGCACAGUUUCAAGAACCACCAGGGGUCACACUCUUCGGUCCACUUCUCCAAUUCUUGCAGGACACAAAUUCCUCGUUCUUGAUCAACCUCUACCCUUACAACCUCUACCGUUUGAACCCUGAGAUCCCCCUCGGCAUCGCGCUCUUCCAAGAAUACCCCUUCAACUUCCGCGACGACUUCACCACCGGCGUCCGCUACCGAAACCUCUUCGACGUCAUGGUCGACGCCGUCAUCUCCGCCCUUGCCGUUGCCGGCUACGAGAGCGUCCCCCUCGUCGUCACCGAAACCGGCUGGCCCAGCUUCAGCUCCUCCGGAAACGAGUUCGACGCCAACCUCGGGUACGCCGAGAUUUACCUCAAGGGCCUCGUCAAACACCUCAAGACUGGAAUGGGAACGCCGUUACUCAAGGACGGUGUACGCGAGGUUUUUGUCUACGAGAUGUUCGAUAAGGACGAAGGUAGGGAGAGGAGUUGGGGGGUUCUCUACGCUAAUGGAACCGCCAAGUUCCGCGUCGAUUUUUCGUGUUCCUCUCUUGCCUCUCAUGUUCGUGUGGCGGUGAUCAUCGUUUUCUUGCUUUUCGUUAUUGUGUGA